AUGCCAAUGCGCGACGUGGCUCUGGGCGCGCUGUCGGGCGCGUUGCUGUCCGUGUUCGUCUCUCAGGUGGUGCUCCCUCGCCUCCGCACUCGCCAGCUGCGCGCGCAGGCCUCCAAUGGCACCGUGUACCUCGUGGGCGCCGGUCCGGGCGACCCGGAGCUGCUGACGCUCAAGGCGCGUCGGCUGCUGGCCAGCGCGACGGUCGUGGUGGUGGACGACCUCGUGGGGCCCGAAGUGUACGCGCUGAUCCCCAAGGACUGCGAGAUCAUCUACGUGGGGAAGCGCGGGGGCAAGAAGGACUCGGCCAAGCAGGUGGACAUCGACGCCAUCCUGGUGAGCAAGUGUCGGCUCGGCCACAUUGUCGUCCGCCUCAAGGGAGGGGACCCCAUGGUCUUCGGCCGCGUGCACUCGGAGAUCCGGGCGCUGGUACGGGCGCAGUGCAAGUUCGAGGUGGUGCCGGGCAUCUCGUCGGCGUUGGCGGUGCCCGCCACGGCCAACAUCCCGGUGACGCACAAGACGCUGAGCACCAACUUCGUGGUCAUCUCGGGCCACAAACCGGCGGAGAUGGACUUUGAAACGCUGGCCAAGGUUGAGACGAUCGUGCUGCUGAUGGCUACGAGGACGAUCGGGAGUAUCUGUGAGAGUUUGGUCGAGAGCGGGAAAGACAAGGACACCCCCGUGGCGCUGAUUCACUCGGGCACGAACCCGGACCAGGUGCUGCUGCUGGGCACGUUAGAGGACAUUGCCGCCAAGACGGAGGGGAAGAAGUACUCGCCGGCGAUUAUCGUUAUCGGCCAGGUGGCCAAGUACGGAGACCUGAAGGCGUACCUUGAUGAAUCGGACGAUGAACCGGUCAACACGGACGUGUGA